AUGGCUCUCUCGCUGCCUCCCUCCUGUGCUGGCGGAGUGUGUUCUCGAACGCUUUUGUUGCCGCCCGGCUCCCUGCCACGCCUGCUGCACAUGAAGCUCGUGCUACGUCGUGUGUGCGUCCUGCUUCAGGCGGCAGCGUUAGUGGGCCUCGUUGCUGUGAGCGGGUCAUCUUCCUCCUUGACCAUCUCCAGCGCGUCCAGCUCACAUCACUAUUCUGGCAGCGUUGGCAGUGACAGUGGCGUUAGUAUCGAUAGUGGUCACCAGCCGUCGCCAUCGCUGCCCUCUAGCAAACCUCCGCUCGAGGAUGACGCGUGGGCGAACAUCACACUGAAGUUCUUCAUUAUCUUUGUGAGUGCGUGCGCUGGCGCUGGGGUGGUUUCUUUCAUCAUCAUUCUCUGUGCAUACUGCCGUGAGUACAAGCUGCUGGAGACGAGCGACGACAGCGACACAGAGAGCGUGUGCUCACGCACCACCUCCCAGUUCUCCAGCUCUGGCGACUCUGACUCCUCGUCCGACGAAGUGCUAGCCUACGUCACACCCCGCCAGCGACACAUGCCGCCGCCACUGGCAGCAGGCGAGAUGACGGCCCCCGUGGCGUACGAGGAGGGGAACGACAACACUGAUCUGCCCGAGCCAGGGGUGCGGGUGGACACGCAGUCCAACGAGUCGAACGAAUUCUUGGUCGUGCUACCGGAAACAACCCCCAGCUUGAGCGACGGCACGGGCACGGCGAUUCAACACACCGGCUCCCGUCUCUCUCUCGCGCGCAGUCGACGCGGCUUGUACAGAAAGGAAAGAUGA